GGGCAGCGCACCUUUUCUUCUGGGCGCGCUCACAGCUGGGCCGGCAGCGACGGCUGCCGCACACGCCGAGAGCAGCGGGCGCCGGAGAGAAGUACUACAAGAGAAGCGCAUCCCUCACCUCCGCCGACGCCGAGAGAGAGAGAGAGAGCAGCUAAAAAUAAUGACCGCGUGGGACCGGGUCCGGACCCCGGUUCGCAACCCCCUCCUCGCGGCACCCGAAGACCAUCAGAGAGGCCCGAACCGACCACGGAGACGGAAUCACCAGCAGCGACCACAGUGCCGCGCGGGCGGCGGCACCCAUGCGACGACGACCGAUGACGCUGGCGGACGUCCCUGAAGACGCACCGCUGUCCUGGACCUUCCGGAACGCGUCCCCGGAGGUCCCCGGUUCUGGCACAUGAAGCGACCGCAGCUCGAAGGCGCCCUUUUGCCACCCCCGACGAGGAUUUUAUUGUGCGCGCGUUGUCCGGCGACGCACAUGAUGCAGUGAACGAGGCUUGAAGUGGUCGUCACCGGGCCCACAACAGCUCUGAGACGAGACGCCGAAUUGGAAUAUACUCGCCGGUCACGCCGCUAUUUUAACGCAUGCGCGUUGUGCUGCUUUUCAACUUGUGUAUUCCCGGGCCCGUUUUCUUUUUUUUUUUUUUUCUUUGUUACCCCCCCCCCCCCCUUUUUUUUUUUUCGGGUCUUCUUUGGUGCAUAUUUCGAUGAAAGCCGUGUGCGGGUGUCAAGGCUAAAAAAAGUGCGAACUGUGCAUCCCGAGUUCUGAAUCUGCAUUCUGGUUUACCCGGCAGAUCCUCGCUGUUUUGCGGUGCUUGCGCCUACUAUCGUGCUUCGAUUCACUACAGAUCUGUCAGCUCUAGUGAGGCGUCUGUAAAGGAGCUGUUUUCAGCUGGUGUACAGGAAGAAAGGAAGCUUUGGCGCCGACAUUUGUCAACGUCAAGCAUCGAGUUUCGUUUCAGUGCGCGCUGUUACUGCGUAUGGGUAAUCGAUAACAAGUGAUGGUUCCAGUGCCGAUGCAACAACGGAGGACUGGUUUCUCAAGAUCCCGCUGCUUGUGAUAGCUUUCGCCCCAUUGGGUCAUCGAAAAACAGUGCCGCCUGUUCACACCGAAGAACGAGAGGGUGCUGGAUAUCCUCCUAAAAUAAAGUAAAAAAAAAAAAAAAAAGACGUACAAAUAUUGAGCGUAAGGAAGAUAAAGCAGAGGUGCCUUCCGAAAAUACAACUGCCGCCUUCGAGGGUAUCGCCAGCGGUUCGCCUUCAGCUUCGGUAACAUUGCACCAGCAGAAUUUGAUCUUCAGCCCCGCUUGAUGUGAUCGAUUAAGCUGCCUCUAAAAGAAACACUUUGUGCUCUCCGUGUUCCAGUGACUUAGGUGUUGGUUCCGGGAUACCCGACUAUCGUAUCCAGGCGUCCAAAGCUAAGAGGGCCUUCUUCACCCCAAAGAAGGACGGCUAGGUCGCCAAGUUCCUUCUUGAAGUCCGACAGUCAUAGUAGGGUUAUUAAUCGGCACAGCAGCUUCCAUCCGGCGUCUUCAACAAGGGCGUGUGUCCACCACUGCCGUCGAUGAGAUCUGCAGAGCGAUACUAGAGGAAUACUGCAACCUGAAGCUCUCUGUUUGUCGAGACCGAGUAGGUCGACGACCUUUCGUCGGAGAAGACGGGUCGCAUCCCAGCGGCGCCAAUCGACGAACCACGUCAGUCCGACUAGCAUCGCACGAUGAGUCCUCGGCACGGACCAGUGACUAGCCCGAGUCUCGCCUCGGCGUCGACGAUGCCUCGGCGCUCCGGCGACAAGCUCCGGCGCGCAGCCUGCGAAUAGAACAGCUGUUGCUGCUCGGGGCAAAUGUGAAUCGCAGCUGCAGCGUACACGGCGAAGCGGGUCGUGCAUCGAGCUAUAAGCUUGGAGCCCGCGUUUCGGAGCCCAGAGGCGCGGGCACAGCUGCUCUGUGAGCGAGAGAGUUCAGAGCGUCGGCGUGCGCGACAGAGAGGAACAUAAGUGUACGUAUACGAAUAGGAAGAAAGAAAAAAAAAAAAAAACUAUCUGGCCGCGCAUUUGGCUUCUCGGCGAGCAACGCGAGGCGGAGGACUUUGUCUUCAAGGCGUGACGUCUGGGAGGGCGUGUGUGUGUGUGUGUCUGUGUGCGCGAGUGCUGCUUUCCGGCGGCGUGUAUAUUUCUCUGCGCUUGAGUGACGUGUGCGCUGACGGCGACGGCGACUCCUGGUGACGUGAUUGACUUGAAGAGUGAAAUAUUCGCGGGACGAGAGAAGAGGAAUUCGGUAAGGAAAAAAGAAAAGAGGAGGAAAGAGGCGAUGACCAGACGUCGUAGCGACUGAGAAGCGUUCAAGUCUGACCCAAAGCCAGUGCGUGUGCAUGUGUGUACGGAAGAGAAUUGGUGCGUCGACCAAGUGCAUUUUUCUCCUGUCUCAAGUCUCAGCAAGGCGGUGGAGGAUUACGCUACUACUAUGUGGCCGUAGUUUCAGCUGCGGCGUUUUCGAGCCGGAGGAUUUAGUGCGGCCGGCGCACGUGUAAACUACCUGGGAGAUUCGUCGAAUCCAUCCCCGGGGGACCGGAAGCAAUCAUGAUUCCGAGAACGGCGGUGACGAUGAGCAAGCGCGAGGUGCUCGCCCUGCUGGUGGUGUUCAUCGUGUACGUGGUGAUCGGCGGCGCCGUCUUCAUGGCCGUCGAGGGACCCCGAGAGGAAGAGCUGCGGAACGAGAUCGCGCAGCUGAGGCACGAGUUUCACGAGAGGCUGGCAUCGCUGAAUCUGAGCGAGCUGAACAGCACGGACAUCAAGAAGAUCGUGGCGCGGCUGGCGGACGCGCGCAGCAAGAAUCUCAUGGACGAGCACGGCCAGGACACACACACCAACUGGAACUUCUACAACUCCUUCUUCUUCGCCAUCACCGUCGUCACGACCAUCGGCUACGGCCACUUGGCCCCGUCGACGGCGUGGGGCCGCGUGUUCUGCGUGCUGUACGCCGUGGUGGGCGUGCCCAUGACGGGCAUCCUGCUGGCCGGCAUCGGGGACCACUUCGCUCGCGGCAUGGUGCGCGGCCUCAAGCGGGCCCGGGGCCACCGGGCGCCCCGGCUGGCGCUCGCCGCCAACCUCUGCACAUUCCUGCUGCCCUGGCUGCUCGUGUUCCUGCUGCUGCCGGCCGCCGUGUUCAUGUUCACCGAGGACUGGUCCUACCUCGAGGGGCUCUACUACUGCUUCAUCACGCUCGCCACCAUCGGGUUCGGGGACUACGUGGCCGGCAACUUCGACGGCGACUACAUUUGGAUCUACAAGACGGGCGUGGUGUUGUGGAUCAUCUUCGGCCUGGGCUACCUGGCCAUGAUCCUCAACUACAUAUCGCGCGCCAUGCGCUGCAAGCAGAUCAGGCGAGUGGAGGACCGCCUGUCGGCCAGCUUCAGCAGCACGCAGCACAAGUUCGGCCAGCGCCUGGACGAGAUACACAGGCUCCUGCAGGAGUUCGCCUCCAAGCAGAAGUCCCACCGCAAGUCCAUCUGGCGGGGCAAGUCCGGCGACAAGCAGCUCACGGACUGCGGCGGGGGCGGCGCCGACGACGACGCGAGCGCCGACAGCCUGUGCGGCGGCUCGGACAAGAACCACAACACGCGCGACGAUCAGAUCCAGCGGUUGCUGACGCUCGUCGAGACGCUCAAGGAGGAGAGCACGCAGAACCUGUGCCGCACCCGGCAGCUCAUCGAGACGCACAACCUGCGGCUCCAGAUCGAGGCGCCGUACCACCUGCGCGAGGAGCUGCUGCCGCCCGCCGCGCACCACCACAGGGCCGAGGGGGGCCUGCCCAGGGGCGAGGCGGCGCCCUCCAGGAGGCACAGCCUGCCCGUGCUCAACACCGAGGGGGGCCUCCUCCACGGCCCUGGGGGCGCCGGGGGAGGGGGCUUUCUCGCUGUCCCCAAGGACUACCUUCACGUCAAGAGCUCCGGCGGCAAGAAGAACCGCAGUCACCUGGAGUUCCCCACAAACUUCUUCGCGCCACGUGCGUCGAUUCCGCUGUGCAACGGCCGCCUCUCGCGCAGAGACUCGUACGACGACGACGUGUACGACGUCGAAAUAGCCGUGACGAAGCCCAUGGUGACCUUCGACCUGGACAGCUUGGACAGCACCACCAUAUGACCGGCCGCCCGCACAGGUCGCGUCGUCACCUUUGAGGAAUGCGAGGACGGAAUGAGGAACGCGUGGCAGGCGGCGCAUCACCUCGCGAGGAAGUUUCAACCGAAACGGUUUGUGGUGUCUUGAAGCAGGAAGAUGACAAGUGUUGGACCGGCGAACAUGUACUCUCACGUGUCACCCCCUUAGGCGACCGUGCCAGCGAAGUCAGUUAUUAGCAGUUAAUUGCCGCGCUGAAAGAAAACAAUAGUUAUCUGUUAGUGCCCUUCGCACGGCGUUGCUGUUGAAGGCAAUGUUUGGAAGCUGCAAUGUUCGAGCACAGUUUCGGUACGUGACGUCAGCAGGUACCUUCUGGUCUACAGAAAGCAAAAAGUAUGCACGAAUUGCCGAGAACGUCAGCCACGUUGUUCCUAUAACAUCACCGUUGCUGGAUCUAAAUCACGGCUGGUGACAUUCGGGCAGUCAAGGUGUCACGAACUGCAAUCGCCAUUUUCGUGAGAAAAUAGCAGAAAUAGACGCAGAUGUACCUGUAUUCACAAUACUUUUUUUGGCACGGUCUGUGGCGGGCCGUGACCUUGAAGAACAGGGCAAGCAUUUUGAAACAUUCGUAAAGCAAAAAGCGCGGUGGUUUGAAGAAGUUGCAAAGAAGUCAACUUUGAGCUGUGUCGAUUCUAGAAGUGGGGCCGACGGAGCAUCGCCCGGGUACACGGCAGCGCGUCAGGUGAGACAGUUACGCGACGAUGCCGCGUAUCAAAAUCCUCAGCUGGCAAGACGGUUUAAAUGUGAAAACAUCCGAUCACGGAAAAAGGCAGGUGGACACGAGUGCAUCUGUGACUGAAACUAUGUGCAGUUCUUCAGAUCUCGUCGUCCCAGCUCGGCCACAACGUCGACUGGAAUGAAACGCUCUAUAACGAAGACAAUCGUGGGAAGCUGGCACUACUACAAAUUUAUGCGCGUGCUACAAACUUGCGUAUUACGCACAUCUGUGUGCGCGCGAAGGGAAGAGCUUAUAGACUGCCCCAAUCAAUGCUGUACAGUCAUGGUGUGAUAAAUGUGCGCGCGGACAAACUUGAAAAUCGGUGAUCGAGCUUCGAAUCGGGAGCUCGAAUAUAGUUUCGCUUUCAAGGCUGUACGAAAGUGCGUGUCUUCAUAAUGUUCGCGCUUAAGCCGACUUGCGUCGCAUAUAUGCCAAACGAGCAUCUAUUCCCGCGCUGUAUCGAAACACUAACGAAAGGACGAGAAGUGACGUCUGGAAGUGCGUCGAGUCUACAUCGAAGCCCGUAAAGUUGUGCUGUGAUUUGAACAAACGUAGCGUGCAGUGAACAGAUCUCCUCCGCGUUGAUCACCUGGACGUGUCUACGGUGGACCUUCGACGUUUCUUCCGGAGCCUUCUGCUGCGCUUAGACGACGCGAGGACACAAAAUGUGUGAGCCGUGAAAGGAGUGGGCCUUGGAUGGCCCUGAACGAACACCUUCCUUGUGAAAGUGAGGACAGCUUCGGCGGGGAUCUCCUGUGUGUUAGUGUGCGAAGUGAACUUCCACGUGCGUUUCGUGCGCAUGCGUAGAUGCUAUGAUGUGUGAAAUUGUACUCCAAAGCGGAGCUACAAGGGUACACGUCUUGGUUUUGAGGCCGCGAUGCUGCCUAUGAACAACAAAGAGCUUCAGAGCUUCCCCAGUGCUUUUAACACACGUUUCGCGUAUAGCUAGAGAUAGCCCCAUAAAAUGCCUAACACAUGUUCGCGACACAGGAGAAAUCCGUUCGGUUGAACUUUAAGCCAGUUAAUGAGUAUUUAGGAUGUACAUACAGGUGUAGGGAAGUGCUUAGCUUGUGCCGAACACACGAUGACGGGUUACGAUCACAAAGCGAAGAUUCAGGGUUCUUGACGUAGUAGAGUACCUUGUUAUCUUACACAGAGUCUUAGAGAUGUACAUUUGUCUCAGCGCUGGGGCUGGCUUCAACAAAUGCUGCAAAGUAUUUUUUGCUGAAAUUUGUUAACUGGUGUCUCGACGAACUCGUACAUGAGAAUCGGAGACAAGCAACUUGUGUGAGACCGCUUGUCCUAGUUACCCUAAAUCGUACGGUUAUGACGUUUUGUUGCCAGUUGAACUAGGACGGCCGGGCGUCAUUGUAAGGCCUGUUAACGUGACCGGCCACGCAUCUAUACAUGGAGUGUUUCGUAUGUCCACGAUGAGAUUGACUCGUUUACUCCUCAAUAAUAGUGCCUCGUGUGCCAGGUACCCACUUCGCGAAGUGUCCGCGCGUGAUAUUAGGUUAUCAAAUAGGAAAUCCUUUUUUAACUAAACGCACAGGACGAACUAUAUAGGAUGUUCACACGACGCUGCAGUCGUGUCUUAAACGCGUUUAUUGAGUGCUUGAAACGGGCGGGCCGAAUCACACUUCUCUUACUGUUUCUUUCUCUUUGUUGUCCUUUUUUCCUCGCGAUUAAAGCGUUACAGUGCCACUGAGCCGCCACGGCGUAGGCGAAGAACACACAUUACACGUGUACAUAAACAUCGUUUUUUGUAUCCCCGUACGGCAACGCAGUUUUAUAACGGCUACGGUUAUAGGAUAUGCCUUUUUCUGUAGGAAUGUGUACAAUACAAGAUUGUUUUUGAUAAACGACUGUUGUAAAUAGGUGCUUCGCUUUCCUAUAGAUCCUUUGUGAAACGCACAAUGACGCAGGACAAAACAUUAACCGAAGCGUUUCGUGUAUAUAGAGUUGUUGCUUUGUCCCGUUGUUGAUGCCGAUGCGAAAGGCCACGUCCGUGUUGAUCCGUGUACAGUGCGUGUUUUGUGUUCGCGCGGUGCCGUCUAUAGUAUUUGAAAGAGAAAGACGCCGCCUAUACUAAAAAGAAAUGGCGCCGACUGAAAACGCUCGGUCCGGGGCGCUCACGAUAACGCUGCCUAAUUGCUACCGCAAUAGAUAUCUGACCAUUGCUGAGGUUUGGGCUUUGUGAUAUGUGUCAUCACGGAGACGCAUUCCGAGAAAAAAAAAGAAAGAAAACGGCGCUAGCUGCAGGACCACAAAAAGACGAUACAGAGGCGCUGACUGUCAAAUGGCGUUUUUUUUUUUUUUAAUAGGAAAGACCCAUAUCUGUUAAAUAGCGGGAAGGUAUUAAAAUAUAGUUAAUGUCACAUCUGCAUGUCAUCAAGACCGUAUCGCCAACGGUGUGCUGACGCACGUGAAAGCUCCAUUUUUUAAUGGCACACGCCUCCCAAAUCUCCCGUCCUUGUUCACAGUAUUUUCUAGAGGACACGAGCAUGCGACGUUGGCUAUCUUUAAUACCUUCUCGACAUUUCAUGUAUUUAAUAUAUGAAUAAACCGCCAAUUGGCAUUGGGCGCCUGCGUUGUUUCGUCUUUCUGUGGUCCUGGCAACUGGCGCUGUUGUUUAGGAAUGUUGCUCGGCCAACCAGACCAACUUCGCACUUUUGUAUACAUCGCAGAGGCGUUCAGUGUGCGCGUAACUAGCGCGUGGCCCAGCCUAGCAAUUAAAGCCCCGCAAGAAGUAGUGACAGUGCAUGGUCGCCGAGGAAUAACAGGACAUGCAAACAGUGCUGUGUUGCAAACAGUGUUUGAACAAGGAACGUCGCUGCAGCCGGCAUUUCGACACGGUGACUUGCCUUGGUCAGGGCAGCAAGAUUGUGUAACAUCGUGACAGUGACAUCAUGUGUGUGUGUCCUGCUACUUCAUCUGCGUCCACGUACUAGUUGGCUACACUGAAAACUUCGGGUAUGAUCGCACAGCAAGAAGUUAGAGAUCUCGAACUCGUGGCAGUCACACCGAAAUGUUGUACAGGUGUGGACAAAAGUAAUUGAAACGCGGGACGUGUGGCCGAAAUGCCCUCUAAGCAGCCUCGAGGCUGCUAGAAGGCAUUGGGAUUGAACUUCUGUGAUCGCCGGCCUGCGCGCAUGCGUAAUACAAUUUCUUGCCUACCCUUCAUGCUGCUAGAGGGCAUUGGGAUGCAGAUCCAGUGUUCCAAUUAUGUCCGCUCCUGUAUACACAUUUAUCCCCGUCAACACUCGUAGUGAAUAUAGCCGUGCUGAAUUAAACUUCCAUGUACUUUGGUUUUUAAGCGACGAUGAUGAUAACGAUGAUGAUACCUGUUACUAAACGCUCUAACUGCCGUCCUGGGAACACUCCGACAUCUAGCGAAGCAACAUCCUCGAGAAGCGAAGUUCGUUGUUGCAGUUUAUCGCAUCACAGCGGAAAGACGGGACAAUUUACAAAGGCACCCAGCGAUGGCUCGAUUCCAGAUGAAAACAAAGUACUUUUUUCGAUUCUAGACAGCCACACCGACGGCUGAUUGCUGUAUAAUUCCUAGUUCAAUGCUAAGCACUAUACGGAGCGCGUCGUUCAAGAGGAUGCGUGUUUGUUUCACGUGCCAAAGCUUUUCGCAGUUUUGCAAAGUGCGGACCUUGCCGUUCUUGUUGUUUUCUUUCUUUCAACACACGUAUGCCUCAAAUGCAGACAGACUACAAAUUUGCCAGUAAUCAAGUGCAAAGUUAAGCCGGUGAUUCAAACAUGACUGUCAAUAGGCGGGCAUAAAAUGGGGUAGCAGAUAAAGUUUGACGAAGUGUAUUCGAAUUCGCGACGGUGACUCGGUGAACCGUUUUGUGAAUCUUGGGCAAAUCUCCGUUUGUGCACCUCAUAACUAGAGCCUCGGAACUGCGUUAUCUUAUCCCCCCUGCACCCCAUAUAUGCAGCAGUCUGAGCUUCGAACUUGUCGCGAUGCAUGUCUCGAAAUGCAACGUUUCCUCUACACCGUGCGUAUUGUUGCUGGUGUUCGGGGUUGUAACAGCGCAAUUUUCGAGGUGCUAUGUACAAAAAAGACCAGACAAACGCAACGAAUCAAUCCAAACAUUGAUGGUGUAAGUACCAAGCACAAAGCCAGGAAACUUGACGGUACAAACGAUCUCAGAGAAACAGCGCCUUAUUGUUACGACAGUGUGAUUUGUGUGUGUGCCUGCGUGGGUGUGCGUCGUAUGCUAUUAUACAUACAAGCAGGUAUAUAUAUAUAGCGUUGUGCUUACACUUGUUGUGCUCUUUACCCGCUCCGCUGUAAAUAAAAUAUCAUUUUAACCCUGUUA